CGCUUGAUCAUGAUACUGGUCCGCCUCCGCCACCACAUACAGCCGUGGCUAAUCUGCAUUCGGAUAUGCCAGCCUUCGCCUCCGUCAACCAAGGACUCACGAUGUGCAUGCAGAUAGCUUGCACCCUUCCCAACAGCGUCCAUGUGCGACAAGAACAUCGGAGGCGGACCUGGCGUCUCGCCGACUAGGACGCAGGGUCCCACACCUCUUGUCAUCGUCGAAGGUUUCCUUGGAGGGGCAGGGCCCCUCCUGUGGGGAAAUUUCGGAAGUCAUUGUGACUCUGAUUGUCAGUCAGAUGCUGGAAAGCCGCGUAGAAAAGUUAUCUUUGUUAGCAUCGGACCCGUCAGCUCCCUACAUGACAGAGCUUGCGAAUUAUAUUACGCUCUGAAAGGGGGAACAGUGGAUUAUGGUGCUGCACAUGCUCGUGCUAAUGGACACGCACGUUAUGGUCGUCACCACCACGUAGGCCUCUAUCCGGAAUGGUCCUUUGAGAAACCGCUUCAUUUCAUUGGUCAUUCCGUGGCGAGUAUAUUCUCUCCUGUCACAUCCCACAUGUUACUUAUAAUUCGUUUCCACCAGGGUGGACCAACCAUAACCAAGCUGCAAUGGUUGCUGGAUAUUGGAUUCUUCGGGAGGUCGGAGACCCCAAACAUGGUGCUAUCCUUGACGGCAAUAUCAUCGCCAUUUCGUGGCACACAGGUGGUAUAUACGCUCGGGGAACGCACGGAUCAAGCUCCCCGUGUUCGUCCCUUCUCGAUAGGAUCACUACUUACGAAAGGCGUUCAUAUCGCGUCAUAUCUGUCGCCAUAUAUGCCAACAUUCCUCGACAUGCACGCCGAUGCUCGCUCGAUGUCCUACAUGACAACAUCCUUCCGAAAAUUUGUGAUGUCAUUGCGGCAAAGCGAUUGGGGUGAAAGUCGAGACGCAGCUCCCUUUGAUGUGACCUUCGAAGCUGCAGACUUGCGCGAAGCCAAUUUUGAGGGUUUGCCUCAUCCGCAAACAUAUUACAGGAGUUAUGCUGCGCAGAUGGUGCGGACUGCGAAGACGAAUGCAGAUACCGCUAUUCAUGGACACCAUAAACCUUCCAUUCGUUACGCACUACUCAACCUCCCCUUGUUUGCACUCUCUUCCAUCAUGGGCUCGUACAACUUUUCCGCCAUUAAACCGUCUCCGUCCGUUGUCGCCUGCCACAACUCCUACAACGACUUCUAUCGGUCACGGUGGCAUGACUGCGGUGACCAGGCCAUACGAGCCAACGACGGCAUUGUCCCGAUAUUUUCUCAGUGGCAUCCAUUUAAUUGCUCGUAAGUUAAAGGUUUG